CAAAAAGACUACAUGUAACACAUGAACAUUCGAGUAGAAUGAACUUUUUCUUGGAUGCAUGAGUUUCUGGUGGACUUGGAAUUUGUAGAGUGAAGGCCAUCCUCAUCCAUGACUUAUCUCACUUUUCUUCUUGGGUUCUUCAUCAUUGUAUUUGCCAAAUGAGAAGUAUUAAGAAUAUAGAGUUGCAGUGUGAUUUUGACAUUUUUCAUUUGAUAAUUUAUUAUCUCCACCAAACAUACUUCGAAUAUAUCCCGUCCUUGCUUCUUCUCAAGGAAAUAAAAAUUUGAAAUUCUCUGAAAAUUUGUAUACUAUCACCAUCUUAAUUCACUGCACUUGAAAGUAGUAGAUUUUUUUUUGCCGUGGAUGUUUAAUCUACAGAGAAGACCUUUUAAGUUAACAAAGUAAAUGAACUUGCCUUUUCACCUUGGUCAUUUUGAAAAUAUACCAUUUUUUAAACUAAUAACUGUAAAAAUAAUUGGAAUAAAGAACACGCAUUGAUAAAUCCAUCAUUUUGAUUGGCCUCCAGCCUACCCCAUCUUCCAUUGGGAAAAUGUAAGAUGAGAGACAUUUUGUCGCUUAUAAGGUAAGGUAAUAAGCCAUUUCAUCGUUAAUUCGAAGUAUAUAACUUUGUCAUUUCUUGUUUAUAUUGUAUGUAUGUUUGUACUUCAUUCUGUCAAUAUUAAUUCACGCUUAAUGUGAAAGUUAAAAGAGACGUGAGAAUCCAAAAAUGGAUGCAUAUAAUUUUUGAAUUCUUAUCAAUCAGCACAAUCAUAUAUGAGGACACGUGACUUAUUCCAGAAGGAAUGAAGAAAAAGAAAGAGAACAAUUGGUCAGAGAAAGGAAACAAAAUUUUUUGGAGAAUUAGUUCAACGCAGUACAAGUAGACAAAGCUCCUGACCUAUUUAUGAAAGUUCCGUUAUGGAAAAAUAGAUAAUGAAUUUGAUAUGUACAUAUUAAGAUUAUAUGAAUUAGUUUAUUUUCCUAUUCCCAUAUCAGAAUAUUUCACAGUUGCUCUAUGAGUAUUUCUUGUUCACCAAUCGUGCCCCAUCUGUCUUCAUUUGUUACCCUCUAUUUGUCUGCUCUUUCUUUCUUUCUUCAAAUAAUAUUUUUCUUUAAUUAAUUACAUACUAUUGUCCUGUUUAUUUGGCUGAACUUGUUCUUGGAUUAAAAUAUAUGAAAUGGCCUAGAUGAUUGCCUUUAUUUAAAUAAAUGCAUUUGUCCCCGCAAUGGGCACAUCAGCUUCAUCUUCAAUUUCUUCCUCUGAGUUGAAAGAAAUGCAUAAAGAGAAUUCCUUGUAGUAUGCCACUUACAUUGGUUGGAGAUAGCUUGAUUAAUGAUCGCUAAGUGUCUGAUAAUAGUGUGUGUGUGACUGUGAAUGGCGGAAACAUUGUUCUCCUCAUUUCAUUUCAGUGAUACUCAGGAUGAUUGCGAUCCCCUUAUCGGGUCUGGAAAAGAGGCAGUAGUUACCAAGAGUCAACAAGAUCCAUUGUUUGAUAUGGAAGAUUGUGAAUUUAUGGAUUUGUUUUCUUCUAUUUAUGGAUCUUGUCAAGAUGGAUCUUGUCAAGAGAAUACCAUGGAGGAGGAAUUUGAAUUGUUCCGAAAUCAACAACCAGAUAAUUGUAAGCAGAAUGACCACAUGAUCAUGCCCUUUGAAGUUCAAUCACAAGUUUUUGAACUUGGUAAAUCCCUUAAGGAUAAGGUAUUAUCAUUUUCCUCAGCAUCAGUGGAGCUCCAGCCCCAUUACGAAAGGGGUCUCAAAAAAACAAGUGAAGAGACUUUCAAUAAUUUGAGAAGUGAGAAUAAUGUAGUUGGCCAGAAAUUAACAAUGGAGGAAAUUCUGAGGGUGGCUGGAGAAAGGUUUAUCCAAUUUUCUAUUAACAAUGAAGAUGGUAUUUCCAUGUUUAUCCACCCUUACGACUCUUCUCUCUCAGGCCUUUCCAUAGAGGAAGCAAGGGAUGUGGAACUUGUAUAUCUUCUCCUUGUAGCUGCAGAAAAUGUGGGCUAUCAACAUUUUGACUUUGCAAGUAAAAUGAUUACUCGUUGCCUCCCGAUGGCGUUUGAUUCAGGCACUCCAAUCCAGUGCAUUGCCUAUUAUUUUGCAAUAGCUAUUCGAGAGAGAAUGCAUAGAGAAACUAGGAGAAUCAUGACUGAGAAAACAAAGCAACUAGUGAACCCCGUAAAGAGCCUUGCUUUGGAAAUGAACGUAACAUUCUUGGCAUCCCACAAAGAACUGCCCUUCACACAAGUGGUGCAAUUUGCUGGAAUACAAAGCAUAAUUGAAAAUGUGAAAACAGAUAGCAAGAUCCAUUUGAUUGAUCUUCAAAUAAGGAGUGGAAUUCAAUGGACAGCUCUGAUGCAAGGACUUUCAAAGCGGCAUGAGCACCUUAUCAAGCAUCUUAAAAUAACUGCAGUCGGAACAACCGAUCAACAUUAUAUUGAAGAAACUGGCCAGAGAUUGCUGAGCUUUGCCAGGUCCUUGAAUUUUCCUUUCUCAUUCAAGGCCGUAUGUCUUACAGACAUGAGAAACUUCAAGGAAGAUCUCUUAAAUGUUGAAGCUGAUGAAACUGUGGUUGUUUACUCCUUUCUGAUGUUGAGGUCAAUGGUGUCAAGGCCCGAUUGCAUAGAAAAUGUAAUGGGAGCAAUAAGAAGGCUUAGGCCUGUCCUAAUGGUCGUAAUUGAAGUAGAGGCAAAUCACAAUUCUCCUUCAUUCAUGGAUCGCUUCAUUGAGGCACUCUUGUUUUAUAGUGCUUAUUUCGAUUGCUUGGAAGAUUGCUCGGAGCGAAGCAGCCAAUACAGAAUGAAUCUUGAAGGGAUUUAUUUCAAUCAAGGGAUUCUGAACACAGUUGCAACUGAGGGUCAGGAGAGAACCACUCGAAAUGUAAAAAUUGAUGUGUGGAGGGCAUUUUUUGAAAGAUUUAGAAUGAUCGAAAUUGAACUCAGCGAGUCAUCUUGGUAUCAAGCUAAUUUAGUUCUCAACCAUUUUGUAUAUGGAAGCUCCUGCACUCUUGAACAUAAUGGGAAGGGAAUGGUUGUUGGAUGGAAAGGAACACCAAUCCAUUCCCUAACCUCUUGGAAAUUCGCAUAGAAUAAGUGCUGAAGAAGAAAUAUAUGAUUGAGGAAAAAUAAUAUUAUUGAAGGUAGUCAUAGGAUGCUUAGCCGUUCAAUUUAUUAUUUUGCCUUAAUUCAGUGGUAACAGGUAAAAAUCUCUUUUGUUCCUUUGGCCCUUAUAGCUUUGUCAGUACGUCCAAUAUGUCUGAAUUUCUCAACAAAGUUGAAGCGAAAGUAUGCUGACAAAAAACAUUGUUGUUUACAAAAUGAUGGGAAUGUAUACAAAAUAGCUGUCGAUCAUCAUUUUUAUAUUAAUUUAAUUUACAUCCGAUGUAUUUAAUUAUUUCAGAACGAACUUCUCAAAAUUUGUCACAAUAAUAGAUUCAUAGUUGUAGCUUGUCCUUUCAUAUAUUAUAUUCUCAAACCUAACAUCUUAUUACUGUGGAAAUCUUUCAUUUCUAAUUAAGGAAAACUGUGUGUGUGGCCUAAAUCUUCCAUUAAUCAAUGAUUUGCACUUCCAAUAAUAAGUUUGGCCAAUUUGGAAGUUGCUGUGAAUGGUCCAUAAUACCUACAAUUACGGAAAAGAAUCGGUGAUGGACCGAGCUUAUAAAAGAAACAUUGUUUGGGUCCCUAAUGCCAUUCCGUCUACUCGUUUAUAUUACACCAUCAUUCAGAGGCUGGAAGGAGGCAUUGGAAGCUCUCAAACUCGUAGAACAGUAGUUACGUUUUCGGUUUCGAAAGGUUUUCAUGUCAACAAUGGUUGGAGGUAAUUCGAUAAUCCAAACUGCCGUGUUUGAUCAUGUUUAUAGUUAGUAUAUCUGGUCUCGAAAUGGUCGGCUUUGGUUCAGCUCUCGGGGCCACCUCACACACUAAAAAAAUCGUAAGCUUCUUUCCCCACUCCCUUAGCGCAACUUCUCGCAUAAGUAAGGUCUUCGCUCAAAUGUCGCGUUCCCAAAGCCUUCUUCAAUAGGUAUGAUCCCAUCCUUCCAAAAGAAGAGAGCUAGGCAGGUUAUAGGCCAGCUUUAGAAUGAGAAUCUUCGACAGAGAUCGUUCCUUCAGUUUAGCUAUCAAUUAGAUUCGACUGACUUAGCUUGAAGCAUGGCUUGCCGUUUUGGGGCUCGAUGCUACUCUUGGGAACAUUGAUACAUCGACUUUCAAGCAUCUCGUAGUUGAGCGGUACUGCCAUCAAUAGUUUCAACAUGGACAAGGACUGCUGAACAUGGAUAGAACAAGAGUUGAACUCCUAUCUCUCUCUCUUUUCCUAUUAGUUAGGAAAGAAAGACAGAAACAAACCUAUCUUCAUAGACCAUAAAGCAUUUCUUUUGACACCAAUUACUUGAACAUGGAUCCCUUUCGAUACACGAUGCUGUCUUUCAUUCUUUGUUCAUUCUUUUGGGAUCUUAUUUGAUCAUGAAUGGGACUGAGAGAACUAGCCCUGAUUCCAUCUUCAUUCAUCGAGUAGCUGGACAAAGAACAAAGGAACGGGACCAAUCUCACCAAUGGGUAUAUAUAUAAGCAUACAUCUAGGAUGCUUACAGUUGGCAUCAGAGCCGAAUUGAUCUCUGCCUUGUUUUUAAGGAUUCUGUUCUACGUGUUUUUCUGGAUAAUUGUAGUGUUUGGGUUUAAAAAUCUUUAGGAAUUUGAUUUCUAGAAAUUCUACAAUUCAAACCUUCCAAUUUAAUGGUCAGAACCGUGAGAAAUAAUUUAUUUUCAUAGCUGUAGCAUGAACUGGUUGAACAGGGAUGAAAGACCCGGCUGAAGGUUAGGGAUGACCUAUACAGGCCAAGUAUUUGGAUAUUGAAAUGGUUUGGCCCAAUUGACUGAUUGCUUAGCCAAUAGAAAAGAUGAACAUUUUGGAUAUUUUGUGGCCCAAACCAAAUUUACGAUUAUCAAAUAAUUAAAUGGAAUACUUAACAUCUAUUAUGAAUAGUUUUAUAUAUUUCUAUGGAUGAUGAACUUCAACAAGAUGGCUUGAGCAGUAAGUUCACUUUUGGGCCUUGCACCUUCCAAAUUGCACAAAUAAUCCAAAAAUUUUGCUACAAACAUUGUGUUGUUAUUGGCCACUUUACUUGUAUAUUGCCCAUUGAUAUAUGCAAUUCAUGUCAGUACAAAUUUUAGAAUAAACUAAAUGUCUAGUGAUCCAUAUACUUUUUUGUAAUUAGAGAUUAGUCACAACAUCUUUAAUUAUGCAAACUGUAUAUAUUUAGUUGUUUAGGAUUAUAUAUGGGAAAGUGAUAUAUAUUGUAAUCGAUCAUAUUUUAUAUAAUAAUUUUAUGUCUCAGGAAUUUUAUUAUAUUUGUAUGAUUAAUUAAGGUAAAAUAUCAAAUUAUAAUUCUUAAUUUACCCACAGGAAUUGAGAAAAGGAACAUAAUUUGAUAGUCUUAUCAUAAAGAUAGGUGAAUUUAAUUGAAUUAAAAUUUUAACCCACAGGCAAGUUUUAUGUCAGUAAAUUUAUAAUUUUUGGAACAUAAUUUACAUUGGUAAAAUAUGAUAUGACCUUAUUGAUCUCAAAUUUAUGUAAUAUAAGUAUGUAUAUUUAAUUUUUUACAGUCAUGCAAUCUGCAAAUUUUUCUGAUAUAAAGUGUGACAUUCCCGAACUGAAAGGGGACAAUUAUAAGAUGUGAAAGGAGAGAAUUUUCCUUCAUUUAGGGUGCAUGGACAUUGAUUAUGCUAUCAGGAAGGACAAAGCAACUAUUAUUGCAACCAGCACUCCAAAAGAAAGGACUGUUUAUAAACAAUGGGAACGAUCUACUCGCCUUAAUGUGAUGUUCAUAAAAACUAAAAUCUCUUCUGUGUUCAAGGUUCCGUGGAUCAACAUGACAAUGUUAAGGCGUUACUGAAGGCUAUUGAUGAACAAUUUGUGAUUUUAGAUAAAGCACUUGCUAGUAUCUUGAUAAUGAAAUUUUCAUUCUUAAGACUCACCAGUGUGAGAGGUGUGCGUGAGCACAUCAUGCAGAUGAGGGACAUUGCGGCUCAGUUGAAAACUUUGGAGGUUGAAACGUCUGAUUCGUUCCUUGUGCACUACUAUUGAACACUCUUCCGCAUCAAUAUGGACCCUUCAAAAUCUCUUAUAACACGCAUAAGGACAAAUAGUCAAUCAAUGAACUUCUGAUCAUGUGUGUUCAAGAUGAAGGAAGGCUAGCUAUGGAAAUGGGUGAGAAUGCAUCAUUAGUAACACGUGAAAGGGACUAAAACCAAGGGAAGAAUCAGAACCAAACCAAACAAAGGGGGAAAGGUAAAAUACCACCCCAAGGUGAAAUCAAGAAAGAAAAUAAAUGCUUCUUCUGUAAAAAGAAGGGACACAUGAAGAAGGAUUGCACCAAAUUUCAGAAAUGGCUUGAGCAUAAAGGGUAUGCGAAAUCUAAGGAAACCAGUGGGAAGUGAGCAAAACAUCUUAUCAGGAAACAAGAUGGGUUCACAUGUGGAGGCUAUUGGAACAUACAAUUUAAUUUUAAAUAAUGACUAUGUUUUAGAAUUGGAAAAGAACUUUUAUGUUCCAAGUUUUUCUAGAAAUUUUUUUCAGUUUCAAGAUUUGUA